CGUCCAAGCGCUCGGCGCCUCUGACCCGGAGCGCCACCCCAUCACGGGACCGCCUGCCGCGCCUUGUCCCGUUGCUCUUUGCUCCCUACGUUUUCCUGCGCCCCGAACGCCACUUUCGCGCGCGCCUGUACACGCCAUUUCCCAUCACUCAUCGCCGUCAUCCUCAGCGCUGUACUGCCGCUCCCGUGUUCUUGACCUGAGAGAUGGAUGCGGGGAGCGCCGGCGAGGCGGGACGGCAGGAGGGGACUCCGAUGGGCCCCGCGGCGCCGUUUGGCAGGUCGUCGUCGUCGUCGGGUCUCGGCGCGAAGGGCGGCGCAGCACCCCAGAGCUUCGACGGCGCGCUCAGAGUUGAGUGGUUCUUUUCCCAACCAUACCGCGUCAAGUGCGCGCCUCUGAUUAGUGCUUGCGGGUCGGACGUCCGACGCGUUCGUUGGGGUUUGCAGGAGCUCAAGGAUCUGCAGUCCCAGCUGCACCAGGCGGCGGACUGCUGCGAGAAGGCGUUCCUCGCCACCGAGAAGAAGCAGCUAAUCCUGGACAGUACAAAGAGCUACAUCUGCAACGCGGUAGUAGCGGUGAUUGAUCAUCUGGGGACCGUUUCAUCCAAGCUUGAGCACCAGCUGGAAGACAAGGCUGAGAUCACGCAAACAGAGCAAAAGAUCAACUUCCUGAAGCAGAGGCUCUUGACAUGCGAACACUAUGCAAUUUCUCUCCAACUAUUGGCCGUUCGUGCGGACACUGGCGCCGUUCAAUAUCAUCGCCGUUAUCUUUCGCAAUCUUCUGAAAGAAACAACGAGGAAAAUGUCGCCAAGUCAAGCAGAGGUGGCCCAGAACCCUUCAAGCUCAAUAGCGCAGUGGCGCCAGGAUCUACUCGCACUCUGAAGCCAUAUGAUGCUGAAUCAACCAUCGGGAGGGAGCAUGCCGUGGCGGGUUCAGACGUUGGAAACCCAGCAUCCAUAGCGAGGUCAUUUUCCUUCAGAGCAGAGGAUGUUCACGUUGCUGCAGGGGGUCACCACAAGAAGAAGAAGAAAGGCAGCCAUGGCAGCAACAUCAUGUCAUUUCUCAAAAGAAGCAAGCGACAUGGGUAAAGCCACCGGGUGCAGUUAGAAUGUGGCUAUCACCAGAGUUUUUGCCAGCCAUCCGAAUGUCCAUUGUUCUGUAACAGGAAUGUAUGCAUGUAUGUUUGAGUUCUGCUCCGGUGCACACAUGUGCAGACGUGCAGUAAAUUGAAAUUCAGGGUCGAGCUGAAACAUUCAUGCCACAUCGGGGAGAAACACUCAUGUUCAUUUUAUUUUC